CCAACCCCGCUGCUCACACUCGCCUUACAGAAGCCGAGCUGAGAACAUCAUCCGCUUUGAGCGCUUAGGCGCAGUGAUUACAUCCUCACAGAGAGAGGGAGAGAGAGAGAGGGAGGGAGACAGAGAGAAAGUCCUGUUAUUCGCCAGUCUUUAUUUAGAAGUUGCGUUUUGUUUUAGGUUUCGGCGGUGCGUAAAUAGGAGUUUUUGCUCUUCUUUUCCGGCUCGUGUGGAAUUUCCUAUGUUGUUGUGUGACUUUGAGUGAAGAAGGGGCAGUCUGUUCUGUGCACAGGGAGUGUUGGCUAUGCGUCCUGGCUCCAGCCUGCAAUGUUUGCUCUGACGCCAAAACUCACAGACCGGUGCAGAAUUGAUUAAAACAGAGAAGCUCGGAUCAAAUGGCUGUGCUUCUCACAGCUGAAACGACACAAUGUUCCACUGACCCGAGGCAGAGGAGAGGAAUUUCAGAGUCGGACUGCCUUGUUGCUGUUUAUUUCACUGCCUUUUUACGGACAGAGGAGAUGGGAAAUGCUCAUUUCUUGUGAGAAAAAGGAAUAACACUUUUUUUUUGUUUCGUCUCGAAGUGCACUUUGUGAGAGGGAGAGGAGAUGAUUUGCUUCAUAUUCCUGCUCUCCAUCCUGGAUGGAGCUGUCUCACAGCUACACUACUCCGUGCCAGAGGAGCAGGAGCCUGGCUCCGUGGUUGGGAAUAUCGCAGAGGAUUUGGGGCUGGACAUUACCAAACUUUCCGCUCGCCGCUUUCAGACGGUGCCUAGUUCACGAACACCUUAUCUGGAGGUGAACUUGGAGAACGGUGCGCUCGUGGUGAAGGAGAAAAUUGACCGGGAAGAAAUCUGUAAGCAGACCAUCCCGUGCCUAUUGCACCUGGAGGUGUUUCUGGAGAACCCAUUGGAGCUCUUUCGCGUGGAGAUCGAGGUGAUGGAUAUCAACGACAAUCCACCCAGCUUCCCCGAGACGGACAUUUCCGUGGAGAUAUCGGAGAGCGCCAUCCCCGGGACCCGGUUCCCGGUGGAGAAUGCCUUCGACCCCGAUGUGGGCUCGAACGCGCUCAGCACAUAUGCCAUAACGAAUAAUAACUAUUUUUACCUUGACGUGCAGACGCAGAGCGACGGGAACAAGUUCGCAGAGCUGGUGCUGGAGAAGUCGCUGGACAGGGAGCAGCAGGCGGUGCACCGCUAUGUGCUGACGGCGGUGGAUGGGGGCAUCCCGCAGCGGACCGGGACGGCUCUGCUGGUCGUUAAAGUUCUGGACUCCAAUGAUAACGCGCCCACCUUUGACCAGACUGUGUACUCGGUUAACCUGCGGGAAAACUCUCCCGUGGGCACUCUGGUUAUUCAGCUGAACGCCACGGAUGUUGACGAGGGACAAAACGGGGAAAUAGUUUAUUCUUUCAGCAAUCACAACGCCCCGCGGAUAAAGGACUUAUUCAACAUUGAUGCCAGAACAGGUAGGAUAGAGGUGGCGGGCGAGGUGGACUAUGAAGAGAGCAACACGCACCAGAUUUACGUCCAGGCUAAAGAUCUGGGGGCGAAUGCGGUCCCCGCGCACUGCAAAGUGCUGGUCAAACUCGUGGACGUGAACGACAACACACCGGAGAUCGGUUUCAGCACUGUGACUGAAUCCGUAAGCGAGCAGGACGCCCCGGGCACCGUGAUCGCACUUUUCAGCGUCUCAGACCGGGACUCCGGCGAGAACGGACACAUGAGCUGCGAGAUACUUGGAGACGUUCCUUUCAAGCUCAAGUCGUCUUUUAAAAACUACUACACCAUCGUGACGGACGGACCGCUGGACAGAGAGAACACAGAUUCCUACACUAUCACUGUGGUGGCCAAAGAUAAAGGUCAGCCUUCGCUCGCCACCAGCAAGUCCAUCAAAGUGCACGUCUCCGAUGAGAAUGACAAUGCGCCCCGUUUUACGCAGGCUGUUUAUGAUGUGUAUGUGACUGAGAAUAAUGUGCCCGGUGCUUUCAUUCACGCUGUGAGCGCUUUGGACCCUGAUAUAGGACAGAACGCUCUUAUUACUUACUCCAUAUUGGAGUGUGACAUACAGGGCAUGUCUGUGGACACUUAUGUGUCCAUAAACCAGGACACCGGCUACCUUUACGCGCUGCGCUCUUUUGAUUACGAGCAGCUGAAGGAGUUUAGCUUCAUGGUGCAGGCUAAAGACUCUGGUGCUGCUGAGCUCUUCUCCAAUGCCACCGUAAAUGUGAUCAUAGUGGACCAGAAUGACAACGCGCCCACUGUAAUAGCCCCCAUCGGUAAGAACGGCACAGCCAAAGAGCACCUGCCGCGCUCUGCGGAGCCCGGCUACCUGGUGACGCGCAUCGUGGCCAUGGAUGCGGAUGACGGCGAGAACGCACGGCUGUCCUACAGCAUCCUGCGGGGCAACGAGAUGGGGAUGUUCCGUAUGGACUGGAGGACAGGGGAGCUGAGGACAGCCCGCAGGAUCUCUCCAAAGCGGGACCCGCAGGGCUACUACGACCUGCUGAUCGAAGUGAGGGACCACGGGCAGCCCCCUCUGUCCUCCUCAGCCAGUGUGAGUGUAAUAUUGGUGGACAGCGUGGUCGAAGGCCGCAGCGGGGAUCGCGGCUCGGCCUCCAAGGCAAAGGAGACCUCCCUUGACCUCACCCUCAUUCUCAUCAUCGCCCUGGGCUCCGUGUCCUUCAUCUUCCUCCUGGCUAUGAUCGUGCUGGCCGUGCGCUGCCAAAAGGACAAGAAGCUCAACCUGUACACGUGCCUGCUGGCUGGAGAGUGCUGUCUCUGCUGCGGCCCGUGCUGCAGCAGGCAGGCCCGCGGCCGGAAACAGAAGAAGCUGAGUAAAUCCGACAUCAUGUUAGUUCAGAGCACCAACGUGACGUCAGGGGUCGGGCCAGUGGGGCAGGUGCCCGUGGAGGAGUCUGGUGUGGGCGGCGUGGGAGGGGGCUUCGGCUCCCACCACCACCAGAACCAGAACUCCUACUGCUACCAGGUGUGUCUGACACCUGAGUCCGCCAAAACGGAUCUGAUGUUCCUCAAACCGUGCAGCCCGUCCCGCAGCAAUGACACGGAUCACACCAACCCCUGCGGCGCCAUAGUCACGGGUUACAGUGACCAACAACCGGACAUCAUAUCCAAUGGCAGUAUUCUCUCUAAUGAGACAAAACACCAACGAGCAGAACUCAGCUAUCUGGUGGACAGACCCAGACGUGUCAACAGCUCGGCAUUCCAAGAGGCAGACAUCGUCAGCUCCAAAGACAGUGGUCACGGCGACAGCGAGCAGGGCGACAGCGACCACGAUGCCACCAACCGGGGUCAUUCGGCCGGCGCUGACCUGUUCUCCAACUGCACGGAGGAGUGCAAAGCCCUGGGCCACUCCGACCGCUGCUGGAUGCCGUCCUUCGUGCCAUCUGAUGGGCGCCAGGGGCCGGACUACCGCAGCAACCUGCACGUCCCCGGCAUGGACGCCACGCUGCCCGACACUGAGGUACCCUCCUCCGUCAACCUCUCCGACCAACUCACCAUGACCUCGUCCGCCGCUUCGUCCAACGAUAGGUCAUUCUCCACCUUUGGCAAGGACGGUCAAAGGUCACAGUCACACCACAGCCUUCACCAUCACCUCCAUCAGCAACAGCCGCAGUACAGCUCCAGCACGCUAGAGAGGAAAGAGUAUGAUAGGGGGACCCUACCGUACAAACCCACCUUUCUCUCCCGCAAAAGGAUUUGCUAGCUCGUUCCACGUGGACCUGUCGGAGACAGCGUGAAUUUCUGUACUAGACCACCAACACUGAUGCUAGAGACAGCGAAAUAAAACUAAACAAACAGCAACCUGGACAACAGCAACCUUGGUUAAGCUUCAUUAUCUUGGGUGGCGAACUGUAACAAAGCCUUGGCAGUAGUCGCUGAGGGAGGAGGGGAGAAAUAAAUACUGAGUAGCUGUAAACCUCUAGAUAUCUAAGGAGCAAUCCAAGGCCUUAUUCCUCUCAGCAGGACUGAGACCAGGGCCGCAACACUCAACAUGUGAAAAUUAUAAAGUCAUCAGCAGACAGAAGAGAGGAACUGAAAUGAACGGAGGAAUACAAAACAAGGAGAGGAGGGACCGAUAAAGUCACAGAGGUGUUUUUGUUUUGUUUUUGACUGAGGAGUUAGCCUCUAGAGAUCUGUGUGUGCCUGUUUACAUGAAGAAAAAAAACUAAUGUUUCUGUACAAAUUUCAACCAAUGUCACACGGAACCCUUUAGCUAUUUCUAUGGUCACCACUAAGCCAACUGUACAGAGACUGUGUGUGUGGGGGGGGGAGGGGAAGGAGGCCGACAGCCAGAGAGAAAGCGAGAGACUGAGAGAGAGAAAGACAAUUAGACAGAGAGAGAGAGAGCGUGCGGUUGUUGUACAGGUAUAAAAUGAGAGAAAAAAAAGAAGGAAAAGAGGACAACCAGAGAUGAUGUGCAGUACUAUAAAUUCUGUAUCUCCGUUUUUUUGACUUGACUGUCUUUAUAUAACUUCUCUUUUUUGUUUCUGUUGUUCUUUCUGUGUGGUUAAAGUGUGCAGACUCUAACGUAUUCCAACUUACCGUUAUAGAAAAGGAACAUGCGGUCCGGAGAUGGGUUCAGUCCUCUUUCAAGUUUAGCCACUUCAGGAAGGAGAUUUAAACAAAUACACUGCGUAGAAAAAGGAGCAGAAACGAGCCUCAUGUUCAGUUUGUCAAUAAAAUAUCACAAAUGAAUGUUCUCAUUUCUAAACUAGCGACUAACUGUUCUCCAAGUUCCUUCCUGAGCUGACUGCAGAGAAAGUGAAAUGACCCUUUACCAGGAUGUGGUUCCCUUGAUGCCAUUGGCCUAUACAUAAACAAUCAGACACACUCAGUGGUUUUUAUCAUGUGUGCAAAGUGUUUACUGUGCUAUUUUAAAAAGCUUAUAAAUGAAUAUAAAUCUAUAUAUAACUAUAUAUAUACAAUAUACUUUUUUCUGAAAACUGUGUAACCAUUGGUUAGUUUCUACACCUCAUAAUGUCAUUCAAUCUAAUAAUACCAAGUGCUACAAAAUCAAGACUUGUAUCGAUUCAUACGAGGAGGAGUGCUUCAGCCUGAAAAGCAAACCCCUUCUCGCCAACCAAGGAUUAAGUUGAUGUUCUUAUUUGAUUGUUACUUUUCACCGUUUACAGACGCUGGGCCUUGUCGUGUGUAGCGAAGACACCAGUUGAGUUGUUUUGGCCUGUUGUGUAUUUUUACUAGCAGAAUAUGUGUUCAUGUACAGGAAGGGGGACUAUCACAAUCGAGCUAGAUAUCAAAGGUUUUACAAUCAUACAAGAGAGGCAUACACAUAAAUAUGGACAUAAACAGACAAUACAUGGUGAGGCGCAGCAAACACACACACACACACACACACACACACACACAAACACACAGGUCAAGUGGUGAUAAAUAAACAGUGUCAUUGAAAUUCUCAAA